AUGCGUUUACCAAAAAUUUCUUUGCCAACUUUUAACGGUGCGGUUAAGAAGUGGCCUGAGUUUAUUGCUACUUAUAAUGCGUUGAUUCAUGAAUCCACCUUGUUAAGCGAUAUCGAGAAAUAUCAUUAUCUCGUGUCAGUUUUGCGUGAUGAUGCCCUAUCGUUAAUUAAAACGUUUCCUGUCGCAAGUGAACAUUAUUUAAGUGCUUACAAAGCUUUAAAGUCCCGUUACGAGGAUAAACGCGAACUAGCAUUUACAUGCUGGCGCGAUAUUUUGAAUAUUAAUUUUAAAACUUCGAACGCUCAAGAUUUUCGACGCGCCUUAGACACGAUCGACGAGAACUUGACUAUUUUAAAAACGUUAAAUUUACCUACCGAUAAAUGGGAUUUUGUUCUUUGCUAUAAUGUUCUUGCCAAACUCGAUAAUAAAUUAAGACGCGAGUUUGAGGAAAAACACACAGAUAUCGAGCUUCCACAAUACAAUCUUUUAAGGGCGUUCUUACACUCGAAGGGCGAAGCCGCAAUUCGCGACACUCAUUUUGCGGCCGUAACCAAUAAAACCGCUAAUGUUUCAAAGGAGACACCGGGAACUUCACAGAAGUCACAGCGACAUAACGCUACUCAUUCUCUCGUCGCUCCCGCCGUCACUACAAAUAAUAAAGGUGCCGGUGACAAAGCAAAUCAAGCUAAAUCUGCUAAUUACUCAGGCACGUCACGGUUGAUUCGUAAAUGUGCCUACUGUCGUAACGAACAUCAUAUCUCGUCUUGCAAGGAUUAUCUGGCUAAAACCGUUGAUGAACGCAUGGCUGUUGCUAGCGAAAAGAAAUGGUGUUAUAAUUGUCUUAACGCUUCUCAUUCAGUGCGAGACUGCACAUCGAUAUUUUCAUGUCGUCAUUGCAAACGCAAACAUCACACAUUACUUCAUCGGGAGCGAGCGGCAAGUAAUUCCAGCUCCACUAACAAACCGACUAGCUCAACGGCCUUAGUAGCUAAGGAUUCAUUGGCGCAGUCUGACUCAACUUUAAAUUCAACCGUUUUACUAGCAACAGCUCUUGUUCAGAUUUGUGAUGCUUCUGGUGAGUUUCAUUCAUUUCGUGCAUUAUUUGACACAGGUAGUCAAAAUAAUUUCCUUACAGCUCGUGCUGCUCAACAGUUAGGGUUGGAAACUAAAAGUGGCAACAUCAACGUUUAUGGGUUAGGAGGCUCACCUGCUUCAAUCAGUGGCGUGGUGGAGUGCGAUAUUGGUACCAACCAUGACAUAAAAUUUCGUCUCGAAAUGUUCGUUAUAUCGAGCAUUUGCGGAGAUCAACCGAUAGCAAGGCUAAAUACGACGGGAUGGGAUGGUGUCAAGACAUUACCGUUAGCAGAUCCUGGUUUUGACAUUCCUGGUCCGAUCGACGUCUUAUUAGGUGCCGACGUCUUUGCCGAGUCGCUCCUUGAGCAACGACUGAAAGGCGGUGCCUCUCAACCGCGUGCUUUCAACUCAGUUUUCGGCUGGCUUCUACUUGGGAAGUCCAGACUUGCAUCGUCUAGUCUACUUGGAGUAGCACCUCCUAUUGUAGACAAUAGUUUAAAUACAAUCGUUCAACGUUUCUGGGAAAUCGAUAACGUUCCACAUUCUUCCCGAUUAACCCCAGAAGAUCACCUCUGUGAAAACAGUUUUCUUAACAAUCACUACCGUGACGAGACAGGAAGGUAUGUCGUGUGCCUCCCCUUCAGGGACAAUGACGAGCCCGUCUUUGAAGGCUCUCGAGUAAUAGCCUUACGACGCUUUCAUGCCAUUGAAAGGCGUCUCUCUCGUGAUCAUAACUUGAAACAACAAUAUGUUGAAUUCAUGACCGACUAUAUCGAAAGGGGCCAUAUGACUCUAGUGCCUACCAAGCAAAUGGGUCUAGGUAAAUACUAUAUACCGCAUCAUUGUGUGCUGCGUCCUGACAGCGCUACAACAAAGCUUCGUGUCGUAUUCGACGCCUCGGCUAAGGAUUCUAAUUCCAAAUCGUUAAACGACAUGUUGCUGACCGGAUCAAAACUGCAAUCGAAUAUCGUGGAGAUUCUUCUUCAUUUUCGUGAACACGAAGUUGUCUUCAUGGCAGAUGUGCGCCAAAUGUACCGUCAAAUCAACAUAGCGCCUCAUCAUCGUGAUUACCAACGUAUUCUCUGGCGAGCUCACGCAGAUGAGCCUCUUCAAGAGUAUAUGUUAAAUACCGUAACGUAUGGAGUAUCUUCCGCUCCAUUUCUCGCGUGCCGUUCCAUUCGGCAACUGGCCAACGAUGAAGGUCACAAGUAUCCAAAAGCAAAAAACAUUUUAACUUCCGAUAUAUAUAUUGAUGACGUCAUAUCCGGAAGUUCAACGCUAACGGAGGCCCGUGAAACCAAAAGGCAACUUAUCGCCCUUUUUGGUCUUGGUUCGUUUGAACUCCGAAAAUGGAUAAGUAAUCGACCUGAGCUUCUUAGCGAUUUGCCCGCAGAAGCGUGUCUUUCAGAAGCUUUCACUUUUACCGAAACUGAAGAUACCACGGUCAAGGUUCUGGGCCUUAAGUGGGAGCCUGCUUCAGAUUCAUUCGUUUUUAACGUGAAUUCAUCAUUUCUACCGUGUACCAAGCGAACGAUUCUUAGUAAGGUCGCCAGAAUUUUUGAUCCUCUCGGGUUCUUGUCCCCUUUGACAAUUAAGGUCAAAUGUUUACUUCAAAGGCUCUGGGUUCUUGGCCUUUCGUGGGAUGAAACGCCCUCACCGGAAAUCAUAGCCCAAUGGGAUGACUUCUCUUACCAACUUCCACAAGUUAGGGCUCUUAAGGUUCCACGUAAGUACGCUAUCGACGGCGCUCAAUCUUAUGAAAUACACGGAUUUUGUGACAGUUCAGAAGUAGCAUAUGGCGCUGUCAUAUAUCUGCGUGUUAUCGAGUCUGACGGCUCCAUUCGCGUUUUUCUCAUUUGUGCAAAGGCUCGUGUAGCUCCUCUAAAACGCCAAUCGAUACCUCGCUUGGAGCUUUGCGGCGCGAUGCUGCUCGCAGACCUUGUCAAAUUUGUCAAGGACUCGCUACGAAUUCCUAUCCACGACAUUUAUUUGUGGUGUGAUUCAACCGUUACCUUGGCCUGGUUGCGUGCUCCUUCUUCUCGCUGGGUAACAUUUGUCGCAAAUCGAGUAAGCUACAUUCAAGAUAUUGUUCCGACCGAGAAGUGGAGGCACGUACCUUCAGCCACAAAUCCCGCAGAUGUUUGUUCGCGUGGACAAUCGCCUCAGGAGUUGCUCCAUAACGCUCUAUGGUGGGCGGGGCCAGCGUGGUUGUCUCAACCACAAUCUGAGUGGCCCAUCGAUAAUUCAAAAAAUCAUUUAAAUGACAAUAUGGUUCUUGCUGAGCAACGUCAUCCCACGGUUCUCUUUUCAGAUCAAAUUAACAAUCAAACAUCUCUUAUCGAUCUAUUAUUUGAAAAACAUUCUUCUUUAGACAAAAUUUGUCGCAUCAUCGCCUACAUUCGUAGAUUUUAUAAUAGCAUGCGUAAUAUUGUUCCGCGAGCAGAUAGCCUUUUUAUAACAGACAUUGAGCGUCAUCAAGCUUUAUUAAUUAUCGUUAAACAGUUUCAGAACCGCUAUUUUUCAGACGUCAUAUCAAUUUUACAAUCACGAAAUCAGCUGCCUCGCAUCUUUCGUAAACUAAGCCCCUUCUUGGACGAGCAGGGUAUACUCAGGGUGGGCGGACGCCUCGCGCGCUCCGGUCUUGAGUUCGAACAUAAGCAUCCCGCAUUGUUGCCCAAGAAAAGUGCGCUUACAUCAGCUGUAAUCGAAUCGAUUCAUCGAAAUAAUUUUCAUCCAGGUCUGAAUACUACUUAUUAUCUGAUAUUACAACAGUUUUGGAUACUUGCUGCGAAACAUACUAUACGACAUCAUCUCUCAAAAUGUUUGAGAUGUUACCGUCUGAAUCCCAAACCUCUGCAACCAUUUAUGAGCGAUCUUCCGGCUUUUCGGGUCAACCAAGCCAAGCCUUUCUCAGUGGUCGGUGUAGAUCUGGGAGGGCCUUUUCGAAUCAAGCUUGGAUCUCAUCGUGGUGCAAAAAUCGAUAAGGCAUACUUAUGCUUAUUCGUAUGCUUGAGCACAAAAGCGGUGCAUCUUGAGGUAGUUUCCACCCUAUCGACCGACAGCUUCAUCGCGGCAUUACGUCGUUUCAUUUCUCGUCGCGGUCGCUGCAAUGUUAUUCAUUCUGAUUGUGGAACCAACUUUGUUGGUGCAAGUUCACAACUAGCAUCAUGUAUCGAACAAGCUUCGCAUGCGGAAAAAAUUGCCUUUAAACGUAACGUUCCUUCAGCUCCUCACUUCGGAGGUGUGUGGGAGAUUCAAAUUAAGGUAGCAAAAACACACUUGUAUCGUAUUGUUGGCGAUCAAGUCCUAACAUUUGAAGAGCUUACCACCCUCUUCACUCAGAUCGAAUCCAUUUUAAAUUCGAGACCUUUAUGUCCAUUGAGCUCGGAUCCAAACGACUUUAAUGUUUUAACGCCUGGUCAUUUUUUAACGCUGGAACCUCUUACAGCUGUACCAGAUUACGACUAUACCAAUAUCAAAAUCCAGCGACUCAAUCGAUGGCAACUUAUUCAAUCUUUUCAACAACAAUUUUGGAAGCGUUGGAAAAGUGAAUAUUUACAUUCAUUAACUCAACGAGCAAAAUGGAACAAAGACUCAACACCGUUAACCGUUAAUUCAAUGGUACUUAUUAAGGAGGAUAACCGACCUCCUCUUCAAUGGGCACUAGGACGAGUUGUUUCGUUGCAUCCUGGCCCUGAUGGAGUAGUUAGGGUGGCAACCGUUAAAACAGCUAAAGAUUCCUCAUUGAAGAGGCCUUUAGUAAAACUAUGUCCUUUGCCAUCCAUGUAA